UUGUUGUGAGUGAGUUUUUCUAAAGAAAACAGAAGAAGACUGUGUCAGUGUUGGUCCAUCUCAGUUUCUCUAAAAAUGCUGCAGCUGCUUCUAUUGCUGCUGCUGUCAUCCACAGCUGACAGCCAGAGUCAGCAAGUGUCGGGCUACAAGAAGGCAAAUGCAUGUGUGUGCCAGCUAAACUCCACCAUGUGGCUGUUCCCUGCUCAGAAGUUUAAGUACGUGUUGGAGGAAGUUCACACCUGUGAAGAAUCUCUGAAUAACCUACAAAAAGAGCUGACGUUCUCCAGCCAACGUCUUCCUCUGAUCCAGGAUCAGUUUACCAAAUUUACAGUCCGGCUGGAGCCCUACAACUACCUGCACUCCCAGGGCCUGUAUACAGAACUGUCCCUGCACCAGCUGGGCCAGGUGCUCAGCCAGUUACAGGUGGACAUCGAUGUGGUCCACAGCCAGCUUAACAACUCCGAGACCCAGAAACUCUCCAAAGAGGCUGAUAGACUACAUAAACAUGUAAACAAGAUGCAAACAAUAGACACGCUUAACAUGAAGACUGUGAAGGAGAAACUGCGCUACCUAAAGAAUAAGUUGGAGACCUGCAAGUCAAUCCCCAAAGACUUCAGAGGUCAGGACAGGCACUGUCUCAAAGGUCUGAUCACCAACAUCAGUGACCCUAUCACAGCUAAAGUCAGCCCUUUUGGUAAGAGCUGUGUCUCUGGUUCGUGGGGAAAACAAGCCCAGAAAGAGAGCGAUGGGCAGAAGAACAGUUACUGGGUUCAACCUCUGCUCAGCAGCCACAUCUGGGGCAACACUGUGCGCCUUUACCAAACCUAUGAAGACCUCAUGGCCUCAACAAACCACAAAGACUUUACAUUUGCCUCAUCGUACAGCCAUCCCAACGCCAUUGAGGGUCCCAGUGCUGUGCUGUACGGUAAGGCUCUGUUCUAUAACUGCUACCGCUCUGCAGACGUUUGCCGGUACGACCUGGAGACCAACGAGGUCAAACGGGUGACUCUUCCAGGCACCGGUGUGGGUUUCAACAACAAGUUCCCCUAUUGUUACUACGAUUGCCGGCUCAAUAGUGAUGUUGAUGUAGAGGCAGAUGAAACAGGACUGUGGGCUCUCUAUGCCACUAUAGGUAACCAUGGUAACCUCGUGAUCAGCCGCUUAGUUUGGGACAGCGAGGUGAAGAGUCUCAACGUGACACAGACGUGGGAAACGAGGCUGUUCAAGAAGGCAACGAGCAACGCCUUCAUGGUGUGCGGUGUGAUGUACGCAACUCGUUAUGUUAAUGAGUACCGGGAGGAGGUGUUCUACGCCUUCGACACAGCCACAGGCAAAGAAGACAACUCACUAGCAAUACCACUGGAGAAGGUAGCUAAAGCAGUGGCUAGUCUGAGCUACAAUCCCACCAACAAGCAGAUCUACAUGUACAACGAUGGAUACUUGCUGGCCUACCAGGUUUACUUCUGAUCUGAAGCUUUGUAGCUAGUUAUUGUCACAUGACCAAGCAAAACAAA